CCGGCACACUGAGACUCACAGUCGCAGCAAGAGUGUGUGAAGACAAAUAAAAGAUAUAAAAGAAACACUCUGAGGAAACAGUUGGGUGUACCAGUGUGAACGAGAGGCUGAGAGGAGCAAAGGGAAGGAGGAGGAGGGUGAGAAAGAGUCCGAGAGAGACAGCGGGAAGAGAGGACAGAGAGAGGCAUCACAGCGUGGAACAGGUUCUUCUUUCUGCAGCACUUACACUCAUCCUCAGCAGACAUGCCUAACUUUGCCGGCACCUGGAAGAUGAAGAAGAGUGAGAAUUUUGAUGAACUUCUCAAAGCCCUGGGAGUGAACACAAUGCUGAGGAAGGUUGCUGUGGCAGCCGCCUCCAACCCCCAUGUGGAGAUCCGUCAGGAGGGAGAGAAGUUCUACAUCAAGACAUCCACCAGUGUUCGCACCACUGAGAUCAACUUCCACAUCGGGGAGGAGUUUGACGAGGAGACGCUGGAUGGGCGAAAGUGCAAGAGUCUCGCCACCUGGGAGACGGAGAACAAGAUCCGUUGUAAGCAGACUCUGGUGGAUGGCAAUGGCCCCAAAACCUUCUGGACCCGAGAGCUGAACGGAGAUGAGCUCACACUGAUCAUUGCAUGUCUACCCAGCUGUGCCCUCGUGUUUCUGUGCUCCAGCUGUUUCUGUGUUUCCUGUGUUUUUGUUUAAAAUUUUCGGGGCAGAUGACGUAGUCUGCACGCGGAUUUACAACCGGGAAUGAAGCCCUUCAAUCUUCAUCAGGACAAGGCAGGACCCUGAUUGGACCACAACUUCUUCAAACCCAACAGCACUCUGCCAUGCUAACACGCUUACACAUUUGCAAAGUAUUCUGUGUAAUCACUCCAACUGCUUUAGUCUCCACAAACAAUAGCAAUGUCUCUGUAAUCUGGUUAUUAGUAGUGAGUGUUGCUUCAGCAGGACAGUAUCUGGAUAUGUCACUGUCCAUAUCUGCAACCCUGGUGUCAGAUGUUUACGUAGGACUUAGUCAUCAGUUGCAUCAAUAAUGCCUCCGUGUUCAGUUACAGGAAACAAUAAAAAAUGGAACAAACAGUA